CAGAUUCAUUCGUCAUAUACACAUGCUGAUAACACAGUGGUGGUGGCCACUGAUAGUAUGAAGAACACGGUCAAUGUCUUCGCCAAGACCUCGCCUUAUGUCAUGACACCGGAACUUUUUGCCCUUCAUCUCGGUCUUCACUUUCUCUCAACUUACAAGCAUAUCAAUCAGUCCAAUGUCAACAUCAUCUCACAUCGUUGGACUCGUAUUCCUAGUUCUGAAAAACCUCACCCACACGCUUUCAGUCGAGAUGGGAAUGACGUAAUUCAAGUUGAAGCUGUGGUACGCAAAUCGACCUCGGAUAUCUUAUCCGCUACAAUCAGAAGUGGAAUGAAGGAUUUAUUAGUACUCAAAACUACUGGUAGUAGUUUUGAAAACUUUAUCAGAGACGAAUGGACCACCUUGCCAGAGGCCUCAGAUCGGAUCCUAUCCACUUCAAUCGAAUGUUGGUAUAACAUUGACCUACCAGCUUCACUUGAGCUCGAAUCCCUUCCCAAACUAUCCAUUGAUUUUCCAGCCCUCUCGAAAUCAGUACGCGCUAUCACACUUGAGACUUUUGCUAGUGAUGAGAGUGCAAGUGUGCAAGCGACAUUGUAUAAAAUGUGUGAAGAUAUCAUUCGCACCAACCCAGCUAUCAGUAAUGUCUUCUAUAGCCUACCAAACAAACAUUACUUGCCCAUCGAUUUAAGUUGGUAUCAAGGCAUUUCGAACAUCCAGCCUCAGGAUGCAGAAGUCUUUGUGCCAGUGGAUGCUCCUUCAGGCUUGAUCACCGCGACUGUGUCGAGGGCCGCACAUGAGCCUAACCCUUCAUAG